UAUACUUGGCACUAGGAAUUGGCGUGCUAUUGAAAAGGUAUAUCCUAUAGCUAGUGUUGACAAUAACUGAUCAUAUGAUGAGCUGCUGAGAGGUUAAGAUGUACGGCAGAGACUGAGCGGAGGCUUGGGAAUAUAAGCACAAGCUAAAGUUUACAAAAACCAAAGGAAUGUCGGAAGAGGACGAUGUGUUUAGUGAGGACGCAGCUGUCGUUAAACACAGUGGUAGCGGAGGCCUUGCCGCACUGAUCGCCAAAACCAGACACACCGGUCAACUCAAGGACAUUACAAAGAAAGACAACAAAGGUCACCUCCAACGAAUACUCAGUGUUCCGGAACAAUCCGCUCAAUCAGCUGAGGGAUCUAAAGUCACCUAUCGCUCGUCGGUAUCUGUAAGCCCGUCAAGUCGCAAUGCGAAAUGUUCGUCUGUUGUAGUCUUGUCUCAAAGCAAAUCGCCACUACUACCACCACAUAUGACCUCUAACCUUAGCUCCCCAUCCGCCGGCAUUUCCUCUACGGGCACGGAAGACACACCCACUUCUGGGGAUACGUCUCCAAACCAAUCUGACAGCAAGCGACGAGAAUCGAACAAACCAGUGCCCAAACCACGGCUCGUUAAGCAAUCAACGAGAGGGUCUGACUCAUUGACUAAGGAAUCGACUAAAGAAUUGCAAGCAGAAGACUUAGAGAAUGAGAAUAGACAAUGCUUAGAGGAACAGCCGUUGGAACCUGAGAAAACGGAGAAGAAAUCGUUGCGUAGUCAGUCUGACAAUACAGAUGGACAAGCCAGUAAACCCAUUCCAGUUCCAAGAUCUACUAGAAGCAAAACUCAGUCUGAUUUAGAAACAAAACCAGAGACACCCCAAAGUCCCGUUCCAAAGCCACGUUCUGCAUCGAAGCUCAUCACUGUUCAGAAUGACGAGAAGGUCAAAGCUGUGAAAACCCUUCAAGCUCUGUUACCAACUGGGGGCAAGCAAAAGGAGGAACCUCUUGGCCCUGAUGGACUGACACGUACAGAGAGGAGCCUCCAACAAAUGCAGAAGUUGUUGAAUGAGGACACACAGAACAGUGAGACAAUAGAUCCAUUUCCUUCCUCUGAUACUACUGCCAAAGACACAACCUCCAACAAGCCAAAGCCUCCUCGCACAAGAACCACAGUGUCUGAAAGCUCUCCCCCCAAAAAUGAUGUUAGCGUUGGAGCUAGACCACCAAGCAAGUCAGUCAGUGAUGACAAAGACUCUACCGUGGGUGCAACCAAUAAACAGACUAACAUAAAAGUAGCCAGUGUUGCCGUUAAGACGAGCAAGCCAGCUGUGGAGUCAAAGGAAAAGAGCCCAUCGCCUGCCAGGGAGAAUGCUCCCCCACAAGGGAUAAGACCGUCUCCACCAAGACCAUCUCCACCAAGAAAAGUCAGCAGUGAGGAGACUAACAAACCAUCAUUGCCUGCCAGGGAGAAUGCUCCACCACAAGGGAUAAGACCGUCUCCACCAAGACCAUCUCCACCAAGAAAAGUCAGCAGUGAGGAGACUAACAGACCAUCAGCUACUCAAGGCUCACCCUCUUCAGGCAGUAUUACUACCAGUGACACAGAUACAAGAGUCUCUCAAACUCCCAAAGAACCGGCAAAAGGCUCCGCUCCUCCGACCAGACCUGCUCCCCCUGCACGAAUCCUGAAGCCACCUCAGAAGACGAUUCAAAUCAAAUCGGAUUUAAGUUGGAUUAAGAGGAAGGACUCUAUUGAUAAGUACGACUCGAGCACCUCCCUAUCCACCAGUCAAACUAUGCCAGACCUUACCCCAAGUCCAGCACCAGUACGGAAACCACUCCCCUACCGUAGUCAUGCAAUUAUCACACCGACCACUCCUUCAUCGGGACUUGCGUACGCACCACCUACCCUGAACUCCCACCCCAAGCCACCUUCGAAUUCAAAACCCUUGGCAGUGUCAGGUUCAAAGUACAAUCGUAAUCGAGCUGGGACAGUUCUCAGCAACAAUGAGCCAGUGGAGGCAGCCAAAAACAAAAGGAGGAGGAACAAUUCUUUCACGAGGUCCACGAGUGAUGACAGCAUAGCCUCCAAAAUUGCGGAUGAGGGUAAGAGCAAGAGCAAGAAGCAGUCUCCUCCCAAGAAGCCUCCCAGAGUGAGGCAUCUCAAGAACUCCUCUGACUCCAGACCCAUCUCCAUGAUCGAGGCCAGUGCGAAUCAGCGGAGUAAGUCUCAGCAGUUUACAAGCAGCUGCUUGGUUGGGACCAUGCCAAGAGAUUUGCCUGAGGAUAGUGCAAGCCCCAAGAGAGGCAGGAAAGACUCUCAGUCAAAGCCAGAGAAAAAGGGGUUUCUUGGUCGAUUCAGAAACAAGACUCAGUACAAGGCUGAAACUCCCACCCUCCGCGAAGAACCGGACGAAGAGACUGAUAGCAGCAGUGACGAUGAGAAAGGGGGCACAAUCAGUAGAAUGCCUCGGCUCCGACAUGUAACACCUAAAUCCAAGUCAACGGAUCUCGAUGACACAGAGUCCGAGUACCACCAGCUGUUUGAGUACGUGUUCGUGGUGGAACUCAAGGACAAAGGCAAGGGAGCAUUGGACACAGAGAUCACCUACACCUUCCCACCCGCGCCUGAGCAGUUGUUCUCUGGAAAGGACGCGGCACUACUUGCCAUCCCUCAAUUCUGUUUCCCCGACAUCGACCAAUGGAAGCCCACCAAGAGCUAUAACAGUGAGAGCUUCUCCUUUGUGCUCACCGACAUGAUGGGCGGUCGCAGGUUCGGCUACUGCAGGAGACUGUUGCCGUCUGGAAAAGGUCCCAGACUUCCUGAGGUGUACUGUAUCGUGAGUCCCCUCGGCUGCUUCUCCCUCUACGAAAAGAUCCUUGACGAGGUAGAGAAAAGGAGAGCUGUGUCGUCGUCGGCUGUGUUCACCUUCCUCAAGGCUAUUCAGGCCAACCCCUUCCCCAGACCUGGAAGGAGUGUGGAAGUCAGAGCAUUUGGUGCUCGUGGUGCUGGACUGGAGACUGUGGUACUGACUCGACCCAUGGACUCAAGACUGGAGCAUAUCGACUUCUCCCUCCUCUUCUCUACUCUGAGCCCCCGCAAGAUCAUUCAAAUAUUCUCGUCCUUGUUGCUCGAGCGACGGGUCAUCCUCUGUGCCAACUCACUCAGUCUACUCUCUGGCUGUGCACACGCUCUCCUGGCACUCCUCUACCCCUUCGAGUGGCAGCAUGUGUUCAUUCCUGUCCUGCCGAACAGUCUGAUAGACUUUGUAUGCUCACCGCUCCCCUACAUCAUUGGCAUCAACCCGUCCCUCAUCAAGGAGCUGGACUCCAUGGAGAUGGAGGACGCCCUCGUCAUCGACCUGGAAAAGAAGAAGUUUGUCAUGAAGAUUGGGGACGAGACCUCUAUCCUCCCCACAAAACUCUACCAAUACCUGGAGCAUUCUCUCAGCUCCUCUGUAGUUUCAGGGGAAUACAAGAAAGGGGCCACCUCCACCCGUCGGGCUGAUGAGAUCGUUGUUAACACCUUUAUGACCUUCUUUGCAUAUCUCUAUGGCGACUACAAGGCGUACAUGAAGCCUGUUAAGAAUGAGAAGGAGUUUCAGAGGCCGGAGUUCAUUGAGACAUUCAGUUCAAAGUCUACUAAAAGGUUUUUGGAGGCGUUCCAGAUGUCACAGCUAUUUGAGAACUUCAUUGAGCAGCGAGAGAAUCCAGCGAAAGAAGAGACCACUGCUCAGAGUCACUUUGAACAGCAGCUCCCUGUACUCCAGCCAAGAUGUCGAGACAUAGAAAUCUUUAGCUCAAAGUCAAGAUUUGACAGAUGGAAAUUAGCAAAAGGAAUGAAAAAGAAGUGAAUUGUUUGCGUGAAACUCAAGCAAGCCAUUUUAUAUCACUGUGUGUAUGUGAACCCCUUGCCCCUUGUUUGUGUGUAGCCUUGCUAGCCCAGCUAGUUUCCUAUUUAUAAAUUUAGAGUGCUUUAGUUUUGUAAACCACAAAUUCUGCAAUUCAGUUCCCUCAGCAAUGAAUUUGGUAAAGAUCA